GUGACUCGGAGCUUCAUGCCGGGCCCCAAGCGCGCGCGCCACCCCCGCAUCGGCACCCACGGGGGCACCUUUCACUGCGACGAGGCGCUCGCGUGCUUCCUCUUGAAGCUGCUGCCCUCUUACCAGUUACAACUAUGACCCAAUUGCCCCAGAUUGCUGAGAUUUCGUUAAACAUCUACAUGCUUUCAAAGCUGCUUUUAUAGUUGUAAGGAUUAGAAGCUGGUAUGAUUUUUAAAAAGGAUGCAGAGAUUAUCCGGACUCGGGAUCCCCAGCUGCUGUCCUCAUGUGAUGUUGUGGUGGACGUUGGAGGCGAAUAUGAUCCUCAGAAGCAUCGCUAUGACCAUCACCAGAGGUCAUUUAACGAGUCAAUGCACAGCCUAAAACCUGAUAAACCAUGGCAGACCAAGCUGAGCAGUGCAGGGCUGGUAUAUGUGCAUUUUGGCUCCCAGAUUUUAGCCAACAAGUUGAGCCUAAAGGAGGAAGAUCCUGUUGUGUGUCUGCUUUAUGACAAGUUGUAUGAGAACUUCAUAGAGGAGAUAGAUGCAAUCGACAAUGGCAUCUCCCAGUGGGAUGAAGAGCCUCGCUACGCCAUGACCACCAACGUGAGCUCCAGGGUGGGCUACCUGAAUCCUCGCUGGAAUGACAAGGACCAAGACACUGAGGCUGGGUUCCAGAAGGCCAUGAUGCUGGUGGGCCACGAAUUCUUAGACCGGCUUGACUACUAUCACCACAGUUGGCACCCUGCACGCAGCCUUGUGGAGGAUGCCAUCCAACAGCGCUUUGAGGUGGAUCCUAGUGGUGAAAUUCUGAUCCUGGCACAAGGAGGUUGUCCAUGGAAAGAGCAUCUUUUGCAGCUGGAACAAACCAUGGAUGUGAAGAAGCCACUGAAAUUCGUCUUAUACACAGAUCUGAGUGGCCAGUGGCGGGUACAAUGUGUUCCUGUAGGGCCGCGAACCUUUCAGAGCCGAUUGCCAUUGCUGGAGGAAUGGAGGGGUGUACGUGACGAAGAUCUCUCCCAGGUCAGCGGGAUCCCAGACUGUAUCUUCGUACAUUCCAGUGGCUUCAUUGGAGGAAACAGGACUAAGGAAGGUGCACUGGAAAUGGCUCGAAAGACAUUGGCUCAACAAGCUGAACCCAACUGAGGAAAUCAGACGUCACCUGUCAAGCGUCCCAUUUGGCACAUCCCCCCACCCCACCCAAAAAAAAAAAAAAGAAAUUUGCAUUCCUGGGAAGUGGCUUAUUUUGUAGAGUUGCCGUAAGUUUUUAAAAAGAGAUCAAAACA